AUGGAAAAUGUCGGGGAGAUGGUACAAGAAAAGGAAACGGAACAUGCUUUUGUGACCCAGGAUAUGCUGGAGAGGACUGUGACCGCUGUGAAACAGGCUCAUAUGCCUGUAUGUCCUGUGAUAAGUCUUGCAGCGGUUGUCAUGGUGAUGGGCCAGAUAUGUGCAGAAAAUGUGCCAAAGGCUAUUCUAAAAAGGGAGAGCUUUGUAUUGCUGAUAGGGAAGAUGAGGAUCACACCGAAAAACUUACUACUACAAGAAAAGAGGAGCUGUAAUAAGUCAUUGAAUUAUUAUAGGUACAUGACAUAUGUAGGUCUAUUGAUAGCUACCGGCAUAUUGCUACCAAAAUCAACAUCCCUGGGAAGCAUUGUGGGGAUGAUGGUGUUGUCAUAUAUAGUUGGGGCUGAGUAUUAUUGUAUGAUUAAUGGCCACAUGGGCUUAGUGAACCUUAAAGACUUUGAUAUAUCACAAAUAUUCCAUACA